AUGGGUUACCUGCUGCAUACAGAAAGUGCUGGUCAUGUUCUGCCUGCUGGACAUGAGGUGAAGCUGGGCAUGACACUCCUUUUUGAACUUUUUCUUCUUCACGAGGCCAAUACUUACAUUGACCGCAUUAUUAUUAAAUUACCAUGGUAUUUAGAUGAGCAGAAGACAUAUGAGACACGUGUCCAUCUCCCACCUGAAUGUCUUGCUUAUUCAAACAUUGUUAAGACAAAUGGAGUUACAGACAAGGUAAAAAUAUCUGGACUACGAGAUGAUGGAUUCAGAAGUUCAUGUCUACUUCCAGGCACUCAGUCAAAAUGCUCCUUAGCAUCUUUUCAAGGGCAACCUUUGACCUCUUGGAGAGAUCCUGACACCCAUAAGGGAAGUAUUCCCACUGUUGUAAAGGAAGUGGAAAAGCAGUUUAAUGCUGUGAAAGGAAGGGAAAAGUGUGUGUCAAAAGAAACUGGGAGCAGAGAAGAGCUUAAAAUGUUUCCAUCAGGAAAUUAUCCUUGUCAAGUCAGCUCAGGUGAUUCAGAUAAAUAUGAUUUGGUUCCAGUGAAAGAAGACCAAGAUAUAUCUUACAAGCUGAAUCAAAAUGACCCAGAUGACCAACACUGUCAAGGCAAAUCAAUACCUGGAACCAAUGUAGCCGCAGGAGGAGGUGAAGCAUCUUCACAGAAUACUUCUUAUUUGGAUGAAUUAGAGAAGUACAGAUUCUCUGUGUGUUGCCACUCUGCUGUUGAAGUGAAAGUCUCCAGAAAAAUCAUAGAGCAUUUCCAUUUUGGGAUGUAUGGAGUUUUUGCAGAACUGGGACUGGCGCAGUGGCGUUCUUGGAACUUCUGGUUCAUUAUGCUGCUGAUAGUUUUACUCUGGUUUGUGAGACUUUAUCUGCAUUAUUGUAGUCAAUGGCUCUUUCUUCAAGCCAUCUCAGUUCCUGUUACAAAGUUCCAGCUCUUCCCGCAUACUGUGGACCUCUGCUAUCAGAACUCUUUGCUGCUUACCAGGGAAGAGUUGUCUAUAGUUGUGGUGGGACCUCUAACCUUGAAUGCAGUGAUGCUUCUUAUGGUUCUGAUCAGAUGGGGCUGUCAGCAACUGUUUGACUCAUUCCCUUCCUUCUUGUCAAAGUUUAUCAUGGCUAUGGGACUCUGGACAGUGCUAGACCCCUUGGCAGUAUUUGUAGUGGAUGUAUUCCUCGGGCGACUUACCUACAGAGCAGAGAAGCCCAUUGCUGAUGCUGCAAAGCUCUAUUGGCUCUUUUCAAGAACAGAGCAAUCAGGAAUUCCUGGUGCAUUGAUUACCGUGGUGCUUUACACAAUUUUGUUCAUUAUUUCAUCUACAGUAUUGUUCCUCUAUUUUCUAAGGCUGCACAAUGAAGGUUGGUUAAUAGAUGUCUUUAAACGCAUUCAUGGUGAAGAAGCCACAUUCUUCAUUCCAUUAGAUCUAGAAAUCUCUACUCAGGAACUGAGCUACAUCAUGAAAAAGGCUGAGCAAUGGAGAGGCAUCAGUGGAGAAAGACGAAAGGUGGCAGUGUAUGAUUACAUCUGGAAGGACCAUGCCAACAAGUCUGGUGUCUCCAGCUGUGACCUCCAGUGCCAGAAUGAAAUCUCCGAAUCUGAAGCUCGCUCAGGGGAGAUCACUGUCCAUGUGUCUAUAUUCACUGUUCAUCUCAGUGGCUUUCAAGAACUCUAUAGACAUUUCCUCAGACUACCUGAUGGGGCUAUUGUUGAGGCAUUUGGUGAUAUUAGUGGAGUAAGUCUUUUAUAUGAUGAAGUGAGCACAACCAUUCAAGAACAUGUAAGCGAAAUGGACAAUGUGCUGGAAACCUCUUCGGUUAUCAAGAGGAGGGAAAGAAAAAAGAAUACAGCCAGGUGGAAAGGGGCUCCUUUUGUCUCCUGCAAGAACUAAGUCACCAGGAAGAAUGCUCAGUUCAUUGCACUUUUUGCAUCCUGCGUCAUCUUCAUAAUCUGCAUCCUUAUCCAAUAAGACAUCCACUUCUGUUCACAGCUCCAUGUGCAUAGACCUGUAGUUGCUUAGUACAGCAAACACUGUGUGCAGAAACCUCCAGUUGUUUUCAAUGACUGGUGGCACAUCAGAUCCCAUAUAUAAACUGCAAAUACAAAUUCUGCAUUUGAGUUCCUCACAAAAUAUCAGGCUAUUCCUACUGGGAUCUCCAACUUCAUGGGCUUUAUUUGUAUCUGUUUCGUUGUAAAGGUGUGUGUGGGGGGGGGGGUUAUUGAUUUGCAUUUCAG